AUGAUCCAGUUUUUGCUUGGAUUUACACUCUGCAAUGUUGUUGAGAUGUAUCUGUCUAAGAAAUAUGAAAUUCUGAAUUUGGCAAAAAAAAAAAAAAAAACUUUAAAAAAUAUGAAUGCUAAAAAGAAACCCCCUAGCUCUUAG